AUGCCAGCGACCAAUGAUCUUCGCAUUCACUUUGACACGGACUUGACGGUGAUCAACGCCACAAUCGCCCUGUUUGUCUUGGCGAUUGGUGUGGCGCCAUUAUUCUGGGCACCGUUUAGUGAGCGUAUAGGUCGAAGAUGGGUUUACAUAUCAUCCAUGGGAUUUUAUACCCUAUUUACAAUCAUCUGUGGUAUUGCUGAUAGUCUACCUUUGUUCUUUGUAUUCCGAAUACUGCAAGGCAUUGCGUCUUCAGCUGGUAUGGCCGUUGGUGGCGGCAGUGUUGCUGAUCUGUUUAGACCCGCUGAACGGGGCCGUGCAAUGAGCAUAUUCAUGCUAGGCACCAUUAUCGGACCUGCAUUCUCGCCACUUAUUGGUGGCUAUGUCGCACAAUACCUCGGUUGGCGCUGGAUUUUCUAUAUCUGCACUAUCUUGGGUGGCGUCAUCUUUAUCGCAAAUAUUGUAUUCCUGCGCGAAACGCUUUAUCGACCUCACGAAGAAAAACCUAAAAGUCGACUCAAGAAUCUUAAAUUCAACCCCUUCAUCAGCCUUCGCUUACUACUGCGACCGGAGGUCCUACUGGUCUGUUUGCCAAUCAGCACUGCAUUUGGUUGGUUCUACUAUCUUGUCACCAUCCUACCAUCAACGUAUUCCGACGUGUAUGGAUUCGACACUGGAACGAUUGGCCUGUUGUAUUUGGCUGGUGGUGUGGGCAAUUGUAGCGGGAGUGUGAUUGCCGGUCUUGUGUCAGAUCGAGUUUAUGCGUAUCAACUCAAGCAUAAUAAGAUGUCAACAGAAGGUCGAUUGGUGCCAUUGUACUUUGGUAUCCCCUUUUUGAUUGCUGGCCUGUUCAUGUAUGGCUGGUUCAUCCAUGCGCAUCUGCAUUGGUUCACUCCUUUGGUCGGAUACAUGUUAACUACCCUGGGAUCCAUGUAUACCAUCACAACGGGGACAACCUAUUUGGUCGAAUCCUACCUUCAAGUGUCUGCAUCAGGUAAAUUCCGCUUGCUGUGUGCAUAUACUGAAUGA